ACAAACCCCGGACCGGUUUUUGCCUGGCAUCGAUCGCGGUUCUUCCUCUUCCCCGCCCACCUGUUUACCUGCACCAGUUCACAUCCAUUCCCUCCGGCGCAACGUCGCUCGCUCCUCUUGACUUCAUCAUUGCUCGAAGCUAUUGGUCGCCCCGGGGUGUGCCCGCCGCUGAUCGCCUUCCCGUGUCUCGUAUCGCCUUCUCCCCGUGACUUAUCGGGCUCGAAGUCGGGCUCUUCCUGCAUUUCAGAUCCAGCUGCUGGGAGAUCCUGAGUUCUUCCGAUGACAGACAAGCUUGCGAUCAGGGACAUUCAUAUGCUUAUGAUUGAAUAACACGUGCUUGCCACUUCAGAAGUAGUUGAUUUCUCCACCGAUAGCCGGGUUGCCCCGCUUCAGCUGAGAUAUAGAAAUUGAGGCUUCCAAAGCGUCCUUGUCGAGGAUCAAAGACACGGCAAGAGUGAACAUUUAACGGGGGGUGCCUCGUGGAGUACAGGACCAAGAUGCCGACCCUGUCGUUGAUCAACUUCAACAUCGUCUGUGCGACGUUGGGAGGUUUCAUCUCCGUCUUCGGAUUGGUGUCCUACCUCUUCAAGGAGAGGUUUUAUCUAUCUGAAGCACUGAUCUCCUUACUGGCGGGGGUGGUCUUCUCUCCCCAUGCAGCCAAUUUCAUCAGACCCCAAGAGUAUGCGCUUGGUUCCGAGCAAAACCUAGAAGAGAUCACCCUGUAUUUCACCCGCCUUGUGCUCGGAGUCCAGUUGGUCCUGGCCGGGGUGCAGCUCCCUAAACGCUACCUGCAGAUAGAAUGGAAGAGUCUGUCACUCCUCCUGGGCCCGGGGAUGGCUGCCAUGUGGAUGUGUAGCAGCCUAGUCAUUUGGGCCAUGGUGCCAAACUUCCCGUUUCUGCAUGCCCUCAUAGUGGGCGCUUGCAUUACUCCUACCGACCCGGUGCUAUCCAAUUCAAUCGUAAAGGGGAAAUUCGCGGACAAGAACGUCCCCCGUCCUCUGCAGCGCAUAAUUGUCGCCGAGUCAGGCGCCAAUGACGGCCUCGGCUAUCCCUUCCUCUUCUUUGGCCUGUAUCUCCUCAAGUACAUCGGAAUGGGCGGCGAGGGAUACAGCGGAGGUGCUGGAAAGGCCAUGGGCUUGUGGUUCUACGAAACGUGGGUCUAUGUAGUGAUCCUGAGUGUCGUCUACGGGAUCGCUGUCGGAUGGCUAUCCCGGGAGCUGCUGCACUGGGCAGAGGAGAAGCAUUAUGUUGACCGGGAAAGCUUCCUAGUCUUUGCUAUUGCUCUUGCUCUCUUCAUCGUCGGCACGUGUGGGCUGAUCGGGACAGAUGAUCUCCUAGCCUGCUUCGUUGCCGGCAACGUUUUCACGCAAGAUGACUGGUUUCGUCUGGAGACCAUGGAUGAUUCCUUGCAACCCACCAUCGAUAUGUUGCUGAAUUUGGCGGUGUUCAUGUGGUUCGGGGCUGUGUGCCCAUGGUCAUCGUUCCUGAACAACGACGUGAUCCCCCUCUACCGCUUAAUCUUCUUGGGAAUCCUGAUCCUGCUCGUUCGGCGCAUGCCCGUCAUCUUUGCAAUGCACAAGUGCAUUCACCAAAUCGACCAUAUCUACCAGGCCGCGUUUGUUGGGUUCUUUGGACCCAUCGGCGUCGGCGCGAUCUUCUACCUGUCGGUGACCCGCGAGUUCCUACACGAGAUUACCGUUAACGGCGAGGUUCGCGAGGAUGCCCAGAAGGUGUCCGAGGCUGUCGACGUCAUCGUUUGGUUCUUGGUCAUUUGCAGCAUCGUCGUUCACGGACUUUCCAUCCCCCUGGUCAAAGCCGGAUACCAUCUCCCACGAACGAUCUCGCAUGCACUCAGCACCAGCACGAUGGUGGAGCAUGACGCCGUCCCGAUAGCAAACGUCCACCACACGCACAGUACAGCCACGCGCAGCUCGACGCCCACGACCAACCGGAAUCGGAAACGGGGCAAUAAUGCACGCGAUCCGCCUGAGCCCACCGUCUUCCAGAUUGGUCGCACCGUCAUCCGGACCGCAUCCUCGCAGGAGCAAAUUGGAACCGGGCAUGCAGAGGAACCGGCACGACCAGUUACUCUAAUUGUCCGGGAGGAGGAUGAAGAAACCGGACCGGAGAGCGACAGUCCGACGCCGCCAGUUCCGACUCAGGCGUAGCCAGCGAUUUGGAAUUAGAACUGUUGACUGGGCUUUCUUCUGGUGUCGACCUAGUUUGUUACAAUGACGGUGAGGUGGGAGAUGCAGACAAAGAAGAACGAGGAAGCUAUACAACAAUGAUGUAGAGAGAGGUUGGGAGAAGGGGAGUGCUACUAUCUAUGCGGGGUAUUUCAGGAUCCAUUAUCCAGAUCAUGCUUGUGACUUCGUUAUCUAGAUCUAGACCAUUGAGUUUCUGACCUGAUAGAUCAAAAGAUAAAACCAGG